GUUUUGUACCCAACCAGACUCCCGCCCCCUCACGCUUACUGCGUUGCAUUAAUUGUACAGACAACCAACCGCGCCACUUCCUCUGAGGUUGUUACCUCCAACAAGUGAACCCAAUCCCCCCACGUUACUUCUUUUGCUCCCAUAAUACUCUCUAUUUUAUAUCCUCUCGAAGCGCUGAGCAAACCGUCCAUCACAAAUUCGAACCAAAAACACGAAGAAAAAGAGAGGAAAGAAUGGAGGUAGAGAGAGUGCAAGCAAUCGCCUCCGUGGCGGCAAACCUGGACACAAUCCCGACUGAAUUCAUCCGGUCGGAGCACGAACGGCCGGACAUUACGACAUACCACGGCCCGGUGCCCGACAUCCCGGUCGUCGACCUCUCCGUCGCCGACCGCGACAGUGUCGUCAAGGCGAUAGCCGACGCGUCGAUGGAGUGGGGGAUAUUUCAGUUGGUGAACCACGGGAUCCCGACGGAGGUGAUAGAGGAGCUGCAGAGGGUGGGGACGGAGUUCUUCGGGCUGCCGCAGGAGGAGAAGGAGGUCUACGCGACGGUGCCGGGGUCGGGGAGCUUCCAAGGGUACGGGACUAAGCUGCAGAGGGAUUUGGAGGGGAAGAAGGCUUGGGUUGAUUAUUUGUUUCACAACGUGUGGCCGGAGAGCAGGGUGGAUUACAAGUAUUGGCCCACGAACCCUCCCGCGUAUAGGAAGGCUAACGAAGAAUACGCAAAGCACCUCCUUCGAGUAGUCGAUGAAAUGCUGAGCAGCUUAUCGCUCGGUCUCGGAUUAGAGCCUAACGCACUAAAAGAUGCAGUCGGAGGCGACGAUCUCGAGUACCUGCUGAAGAUCAACUACUACCCGCCGUGCCCACGCCCCGAUCUCGCCCUCGGCGUUACGCCGCACACCGACAUGUCGGCCAUCACAAUCCUCGUUCCGAAUGAGGUACCGGGGCUGCAGGUGUUCAAGGAUGAUCACUGGUUUGAUGCCAACUAUAUCCCUAAUGCGCUCAUUGUUCAUAUCGGUGAUCAAAUUGAGAUCUUAAGCAAUGGGAAGUACAAGAGUGUGCUGCACAGAACAACGGUCAACAAGGAGAAGACACGGAUGUCAUGGCCAGUGUUCUGCUCACCACCAGGUGAGCUCGUCAUCGGCCCGUUGCCGGAUCUCGUUAACGAUGAGAACCCUGCAAAAUUCAAAACUAAGAAGUACGAGGACUACAGCUACUGCAAGAUCAACAAGCUUCCCCAAUGAGAGAUCUAGAUAUAUAGUGUUUUUGUGUGCUAAUCAUUGUUUGAUCGCUCCCCAGUUAUUUGCAUCUCUGUCCUUUAUUUCGACUUGAAACUUUAAUAAAGCCAUCACAAGUGCGUUUUUAGUUGUAAUGUAUGAGAUGUGAUCCACUUCACUGCAAAGCUGUAGUCGACAGUUCUCUCUCUCAA